UUGGUUGUAGCGGCACAUAAAAAGAUUCCAACAUUUUGGUCUCUCUCCUCUGUUUAGUAGGACUUGCUAAGUUAACACAAUAUUAUCGGUUACUCACCUCACCAAUGUAAUCCUAGCCUUUUCAUUAAUUCGAUACAAAAGCAUAUGGAUACUAAAUAACCAUUUUUCUUAAUCAAAUCAUUAUGCUUUAAAACAAAACAUUUGUAUCACCCACUUAAAUAAUUGAUUUGAGUUCUAAAUUCCGAAUAGCAACUUAAAACCCCACUUUUCCCACACUUGUCUCACUUCAGGCUGCUAGUGACUUAGUGGGUAGCAGUGAAGACUGAAGAGAGAGUGAGAAAACUCAAAAUUAGGGCUACAAAAUUUUCCAAUUAACCACAUUUUCCAAGAUGAGUACCAUGAAAUUUUGCAGUAAAUGCAACAAUAUUCUGUACAUAAAAGAGGACAAGGAUCACAAGAUUCUGCUUGACGCUUGCCGCUACUGCCACCAUGAGGGGGUUGCUGAUAACAUUUGCGUAUACAGAAAGGAGAUACAUCACUCUGUUGGAGAGAGUACUCAGGCCCUACAAGAUGUAGCUAAAGAUCCAACUCUUCCCCGGACCAAGUCUGUCCGUUGUACUCAAUGCAAUCACGGAGAAGCUGUCUUUUACCAGGAAACACUGAGAGGAGAGGAAGGUAUGACAUUGUUCUUUGUCUGCUGCAAUCCGACCUGUAGUCAUAAAUGGAGAGAUUGAUUGCCACCUCUUUAUGCUGAUGUAUCUGCUGACCUGUUCAUGAUUCUAAUCAUUCUAAAUUGUAUUUUUGGAAACCUACAUCAGAUUUAAUUUUGGUGUUUUCACAAUUUAGCAAUGUUUAGUUGUAAGUUCAACGAUUGGUAAUACAUGAUCCUGGCUGACUAAAUCUCUUGUGCAUGAGGGUUUCAUUUGCAUCCAAACAUUUUUAAAUACAUUGGUUUUAUAAAUUGAAAGGAUUCCAAUUUUUUUGUUUAUAUAUAUAUAUAUAU